AUGUCAAAUGUCAACUUCUCCUUCUCUAGAAGUAUUAAUGAUCUUGUCGGAAAAGAUGGAGAUUUGAGUGAAGAAUGUAAAUUUCAAUUGGUUAGGACUAUUACUGAUCUCCGCAAUGAAGAUGUUUUGCAAAGAUUGUCUAACCUUUCGAGAGAAUCGUCCAGAAGAAAUCCCGAGUUUAACAUUAAAUCUGAAGAUUUUGACCUACAAAACAUUUUAUCACUUUUGACGAGUCUAGCUCACAAACAAGGCAUCCACUCACGUCAAGCAGGAGUCACCUUUUCGAAUAUAGAAGUCACAGGUGUAGAUGAAUCUUUCUCUGUAGCAGUGACUGCUCUCGACAUGUUAAAGGGUCCAAUUGGAGCCUUUCAAGCAGCUAGAGCUAAAAAGAGAACACCAGACAGAAUAAUUUUGAAGGAUAUUAGUGGUUAUGCUAAACCUGGUGAUAUGGUUCUAGUACUUGGUAGGCCCGGUGCUGGAUGUUCUUCAUUAUUGAAAACAUUGGGAGGAACAGAUAUUGACUUAUUUAAGUCUGUAUCUGGGGAUAUUAGGUAUGAUGGCUUGACUCAAGCAGAAAUGUUGAAGAAUUUCAAGCCUGAGAUUAUUUAUAUUCCUGAACUAGAUGAACAUAUGCCUCAUUUGACUGUUGAGCAAACUCUAACUUUUGCAAUCGGAUGUAAGACUCCUGAAAUGAGAAUAAACGGUAUUUCUCGUGAAGAGUUUAUCGGGACUAUGAAGGAAAUCUUAGCAACUGUUUUCGGGUUGAGGCAUACUUAUCACACAAAGGUUGGCAAUGAUUUUGUAAGAGGAGUGUCUGGAGGAGAGCGAAAGAGAGUUUCCAUUGCUGAAGCGUUAGCUUGUCGUGCAUCCGUUUACUGUUGGGACAAUGCUACUAGAGGGUUAGACUCCUCGACGGCUUUAGAGUACGCAAGAGCUAUUCGUACUUCGACUAACUUAUUGAAAACCACCGCAUUUGUUACCAUUUACCAAGCAGGAGAAAAUAUAUAUGAGACAUUCGAUAAAGUCACUGUUUUGUAUCGUGGUCAUCAAAUAUAUUUUGGACCGAUUGAAGAAGCUAAGAUAUAUUUCGAAGAUAUGGGAUGGGAAUGUCCGGCUAGACAAUCGACAGCAGAAUUUUUGACUGCAGUUACGGACCCAAUAAGUCGUUUCCCAAAGCCUGGAUUCGAAGAUAGGGUACCACGUAAUGCUGAAGAAUUUGAAGCAUAUUGGUUGAAUUCUCCAGCGUAUGCUAGGUUAAAAGAAGAAAUUGGAGAAUAUAAUGCUAAUGUCAAUCAAGUUGAAACAAGGAAAUGUUAUUAUGAGUCAAUCAAACAAGAAAAGAUGCAGCAUCUGCGUCUUAAGUCAAUAUAUACUAUUAGUUACUUUGAGCAAUUGAAAUUGUGUUCGAUCAGAAGAUUUCGAGUAAUGUGGGAGGACAAGGCUUGUACAAUUACUCAAUUAGCUUCUGCAUUAUCUCAAGGUCUCAUUGCUGGGUCGAUGUAUUACAAUACGCCAACAACUGUUGGGGGAACACACUCUCGUGGAGGUGUGGUAUUUUUUGCAGCAUUAUAUGUGUCUUUAAUGAGUCUUGCGGAAGUCACAGCAGCUUUUAGUACCAGACUGAUUUUGAUGAAGCAAAAGAAUUAUUCAAUGUAUCAUCCCUCAGCAGAUGCCUUAGCAUAUUCAGUUACUACCAUUCCACUUAACUUCCUUGUGACUGUCACCUUUGUUAUUGUUCUCUACUUCCUUUCGAAUUUGAGUCGUGAGGCAGGUAAGUUCUUUACCUUUUUACUAUUUACAUUCAUGGUCUUAAAUACAAUCAGUGCAUUGUUCAGAGCAAUCGCUUCAUUAAACAAGACUAUUGCCGGAGCCAACUCGAUUGCAGGGAUUCUUGUGCUUGCAAUCCUCAUGUAUUCUUCAUUUAUACAAAGGCCAUCUAUGCACCCUUGGUUUAAAUGGAUUUCAUAUAUAAAUCCCUUACUUUAUGGAUUCGAAUCAAUGAUAGCUACUGAAUUCCAUGGUAGACACAUGGAAUGUGAUGGCCAGUACUUAACACCGAGUGGUCCUGGUUAUGAAAAUUUAUCAUCGGGAGAACAGGUUUGCUCUUUCAGUGGGUCAAUUCCUGGCCAAAUAUGGAUAUUAGGUGAUGACUACCUCAAAACUUCUUUUACAUAUAGUUUUUCUCAUGUAUGGAGAAAUUUUGGUAUCCUUUUGGGAUUCUAUUUCCUUUUCGUAAUUAUCAAUGCCAUUGGUUGCGAGUUCGUCAGACCUGUAGUUGGAGCAGGUGACAAGUUAACCUACUUGAAAGGAAAGAUCCCGGAUUCAGUUCUUUUACCUGAAGAGAAAUCUGGAACAGAUACUCCUUCUUCAUUAGAAAAAGAGAAAAAGGAAUCUUCUGUCUUUGAAGAUUUGAAAUCGAAAGACUUGUUUGCUUGGAGAAAUGUAAAUUAUGUUAUCCCCUAUGAUGGGAAGGAAAGGACAUUGCUUGAUGACAUUUCAGGAUAUUGCGUUCCAGGGACUUUAACAGCACUUAUGGGAGAAUCAGGAGCAGGUAAAACUACUUUGUUGAAUACUUUGGCACAAAGAAUCUCCAUGGGUGUUGUCACCGGUGACAUGUUAGUGAAUGGAAAUCAAUUAGAUGCAAGUUUCAGUAGGAGGACAGGAUAUGUUCAACAACAAGAUGUUCACAUUAGUCAAGUCACCGUUAGAGAGUCGUUGAGAUUUGCUGCGAGACUUAGAAGAUCAAAUGAUAUCAGCGACGAAGAGAAAUUAAACUAUGUUGAAAAGAUUAUUUCUAUGCUUGAUAUGAAUGAAUAUGCAGAUGCCAUCAUAGGAAAUCCCGGUGAAGGACUCAAUGUCGAACAGCGUAAAAAAUUAAGUAUUGGGGUUGAGUUAGUUGCAAAGCCAUCUUUAUUGUUAUUCUUAGAUGAACCUACCUCAGGACUUGACUCUCAGUCUGCAUGGGCCAUUGUUAGCUUACUUAGAGAUUUAGCCAAUGCUGGCCAAUCCAUUUUAUGUGUUAUUCAUCAACCUUCAGUCGCUUUAUUUGAAAAAUUUGAUAGGUUAUUGUUGUUGAAGAAAGGAGGAAAACCUGUCUACUUUGGCGACAUAGGUCACCAGUCGCAAAUCGUAUUGAACUACUUCGAAAGAAAUGGUGCAAGAAAAUGUCAGGAAGCAGAAAACCCAGCAGAGUACAUUCUUGAAGUAAUUGGAGCUGGAGCAACUACAUCGAACAAUACUGAUUGGCAUAAUAAAUGGGUUGUGUCAUCUGAAAAGAAGGAAGCUGAGUUGCAAAGGGACAAGCUCAUCGCCGAUUCUCUAAUCGUGGGGCAAAAUAAAAUUUUAACUGACGAUGGAAGAAAGAAAACGACUCAGUUUGCAACGUCGUUGUAUUACCAAUUUAUCAUUGUGCUUAAUAGAAACGCAUUAACAUUUUAUAGAAAUACUGAGUAUAUUAGUGCAAAGAUUGGGUUGUACACUUUAACGGGUUUGUUCAUUGGAUUUACAUUUUUUGACAUUAAGCAUAGUAUCGUAGGCAUGCAAAAUUGUCAAUUCACAGCCUUUAUUUCUGUUCUUGUUGCUGCACCAUUAAUUAAUCAAGUACAGGCACAAGCCAUAACAGGAAGGAAUUUGUACGAAGUAAGAGAAAAAAUGUCGAACACAUAUCAUUGGUCCGUAAUGAUUCUUGCUCAAUUUAUAAAUGAAAUACCUUACUGCAUUAUUGGUUCAGCGAUUCAGUUUGUUUCAAUUUACUUUCCCACUCAAGCUAAUACCUCAGGUCCUCAUGCUGGAGUUUUUUACUUAACAUUAGGUGUCUUUUUCCAAUUUUACUACAUUAGUUUUGGAUUAAUGAUGCUUUAUUGCGCCCCAGAUAUUGAAUCUGCUGCCGUUUUAGUCUCAUUCUUUUAUCCAUUUAUAGUUGCAUUCAGUGGUAUCGUUCAAUCUACUUCUUUGAUGCCUGGUUUUUGGACCUUUAUGCACAAGGUCAGUCCAUAUACAUAUUUCAUUGAGAACUUAGUUACUUCCAUUUUGCAUGGAAGAGAAGUUAAGUGCUCGAAAGCCGAAUAUUCAUACUUUGAUCCGCCCAGCGGACAAACUUGUAUUGAAUUUGCAGGUGCAUAUUUGAACACUACCAAUGGAUACCUACUGAAUCCAGAUGCAACUAGUAAGUGCGGUUACUGUUCAUUCAGUGAAGCGGAUGCUUUUAUGGCAACUAUUGGAAUGAAAUAUUCACACAGGUGGAGAAAUCUAGGAUUCUAUUGUGUUUUCGUAAUUUUUGAUCUUGUUGCAAUGCUUUUCUUGUACUGGGUUUUCCGUUACAGACAAGGCUCCUUGAUUCCUAAUUUAUCUUUCCUAAAAGGGAAGAAAUAA